UGAAAGAUUUGGGAAAGGUGUAUGUCUAAUAUACCGGGCCAAAUAUCGCUGGUUAUGAUUUCCAACUCAGAACGACAGUGUUUGACUUAGAUAAAAUGUGUUUGGAUUCGGGCUUUAUCAUGGCCACAAAAAGCAAUCGUUAACUGCUAAAUCAGGAGGAUUCCAUAGAAAAGCCAUUUGUUCCCUCUAAGACUUGUGCCUGACAUUUUCUUCAAGGUCUGCGCAAAGUUGGAUUUUUUUUUCAGUCUUCAUUGAGGAUUUGUGCAUUUCUGGAAAUUCUUGAAGAAGAGAUUUUCUCAUUGGGAAAAAAGGGAAAGAAAUAUUCGAUCGUAAUUUGAAGAAAGUUCUAGCUAAAUCAUUCAGUGAAAUUUUAACACAUUGAUUAUGGUUUCGUAAAUAGAUAGGACCACUAAUUUUGUUUUCGGGAUUUUGUGCCUGGUCAUAGGGACACGAAAUGAAGUGUCGGGUGGGGCUGGAUUGGAUCGCCUGUAUUGUACAGGUGGUGGCCACCCUCUUCUUUACCAUUGGAUUCUCCACAAAAUACUGGGCCACCUCUGAGGACUCGGUGAAUUCAGGACUCUUCACCACGUGUAAGGGACAUUAUUGCUACGACACUCACGUCUUCUAUCAUGGAAAGAUCGAGAAAGCAGCGAUUAUGGGGGCGGCGGUGAUGGAGAUUUUCACUCUUUGUGGUGUCUACUUUGUGAUCCUGCUAAUGUUGCUGUACAUGUGUGGGUUAUUUGAUGAACGGUCUCUAUCUAGGGGAGCAGCCUUAACUGCCUUUGUAACAGCUUUGUUCGGAUUUAUCGGUGUCAUCAUGUUUGGUUCUGCCAUGUCUUCAUUACAAUAUGAACUCAAUUGGUCAUGUGGUUUUGUGAUUGUUGGCCUUAUCAUAGACAUUGCCGCUGGAAUUUGCAUUUACAUCGAUGGUCAACAGUGGGUAGAGGAAAGCCAGAAAAAGCAAACAAGAAGAGAACUGUUCCCACCAAUCAGAAACUCUCAUUUAAUUGCACGUCGCGAUCCUCGAUUGGAACCAAGAAUAUCAUCCAAUCAAAAUGGCGCUAGCAGAAACUCUGGGAAAUUUAACCCAAAGGCCAGUCCGCAACUUUCUCGGAAGUUUCGAUAUAUGCCAACCGACACGAAACGAAUCAAUGGCCCCGAGGAGUCAUUUGACCCAUCCGUGUUUUUUGUAAAUGAAAAGAAAACGAAUGAGAUUACAAAGGGUAAAAUAUUCUUUUUGUUGAUAGACAAUAUGAUGGCAGAAAGCCAGAGCAGUUUUUUUUUUACAGUUUUAAAGGCUGGUGUAAUAAGUCAGGCAAGAGGCUCGGCUUACAUUGAACAGAAUGAAACCAAGAUCAUGUGUGCUGUGUAUGGCCCAAGGGAAGUGGUGAAGAAAGAAGAAUUCAGUAUGAAAGGCCAGUUGACGUGUGAGUUUAAGUUUGCCACGUUCUCGUGUCGAGUCCGACGUCAACACCAGCAGGAUAAUGAGGAGCGCGACUACAGCAGUCAGUUACAAGACGCACUGGAACCAGCUGUCUGUCUGCAUAAAUUUCCAAAGGCCCAAGUUAAUGUAUAUGUAACAGUUUUACAGAAUGAUGGUUGUCCCCUGGCCACAUCCCUGACCUGCUGUUCUGUAGCUCUGGCCAAUGCUGGGAUAGAGAUGUAUGAUCUGGUAGUGGGGUGUUCUGCAAGGAUAACCCCCUUUCAGGUGUUCAUAGAUCCCACAGAAAAGGAGGAAUAUAAACCUGAGAGUGACAACCAGACAGGUAAUGGCAGUGUCACUGUUGGACUGCUUCCAUCUCUGAACCAAGUUUCUGCUGUCACCUCUAAAGGAGAAGUGGAAUUUGAAUUACUCAAUAAGGCUACCAAGCAGUGUAUUGAGGUGUGUCAUAAACUGUAUCCAGUGUUACAGCAAGCGGUGGCCAAAGCUGUGGAGGACCGACUGACCAGUGAUCAUGUGACCUGAUUCAUUUAUAUAGCAAAAUAUUGCUAUUGACUGUUUUAUUCAUACACUCAUGUAUUCAUAAAAUUUUGCAAUAAAAUAAAGAUAUCGCAAUAUGU